AUGCUCACAGCCUUUGUUUUAGCUGCCUUGCUUCCUGUGCUACUCAGUUAUACAGCAUUUGCGUCCUACCGGACUACUCUGCAGGCCAAGGACAAGCAGCACCGCCAGGCGGUCCUUCGCGCGCUUAGUGUCCCGGAGAGCGAAUGGGCGGGUAAGAAGUUUAUAGGGUUCUUCCAUCCUUACUGUAACGCGGGAGGCGGCGGCGAACGCGUCCUCUGGACCGCCAUCGCGCGCAUACAAGCACAACGCAAGAACAUCAUCAACGUUGUCUACACGGGUGACACCGACGCAUCGAAGGAGGAGAUCAUAGCCAAGGUCGAGGCCCGCUUCGACAUCACCCUCGAUCCCGCCUCCCUCCACUUCGUCUUCUGCGAUUCGCGGAAAUACGUUGAAGACGCCGCGUGGCCACGGUUUACCCUCCUCGGGCAGAGCCUCGGCUCGAUGUACCUCGCCUGGGAAGCCAUGACGAAGCUCGUUCCUGACCUGUACAUUGACACGAUGGGCUACGCGUUCACUUUCCACGUUGUACGCAGACUCGGCGGAUGUCCCGUGGGUGCGUAUGUGCACUACCCAACCAUCAGCACGGAUAUGCUCGCCCGCGUCCGCGAGCGCAAGCAGGGGCACACCAAUAGCGACGCUAUCUCGGGGAGCGCCGUCUUGAGCACCGGCAAGCUCUGGUACUAUCGCCUGACGAUGUACUACUACGCCCUCUCGCUCCGCUCCGCCUCGUUCCUCAUGGCGAACUCGACAUGGACAAAGGCACACGUUGACGCCAUUCUCUCGCACUCUGACCCGCUUCUCUCCCUCUUGCACACCGUGGUCCCUCCGCUGGCUCUGCUCCAAGCGUGCCUCGCGCAGCCGCCGAAGGAGCGAGUGACAAAAGCACAGAUCGCCUAUCCGCCGUGUGACACGCGCGAGAUGGAGAGGUACGCGUUGGAGGGGAGGGAGCGGGUCGUGUUGAGCGUUGCACAGUUCCGACCAGAGAAGGACCACGCCGCCCAACUUCGAGCGUUUGCCGAGCUGCUCGAGAAGCACGCCGAAUACCGCCCAGGCCAGCCUUCCGCUGUUAAACUCGUUCUUCUCGGCGGAAGCCGCAACGCCGGGGACUCAGCGCGCGUCGAAGGACUCCGCGAGCUCGCGAAAUCUCUCGGAAUCGAUGACUCCGUCUCGUUCGUCCUCAACGCGCCCUACCCAACCAUGCUCGCGCACCUCGCUCGCGCGAGCGUCGGCCUGAGCACAAUGGUCGACGAGCACUUUGGGAUCAACGUCGUCGAGAUGAUGGCCGCCGGCGCUAUCCCCGUCGCGCACGCGUCCGCGGGCCCGCUGCUGGAUAUUGUCGUUCCGUUCGAGGGCAAGUCCACAGGCUUCCACGCUACGACACCGUCAACGUUCGCAGACGCACUGCACGCGGCGCUCACGCUGCCGCCGGCUGAAGACCUCGCGCUGCGCCAGCGUGCUCGGCAGCUCGCGGUGAGCAAGUUCUCCGAGGAUGCGUUUUGGGCGAGCUGGGAAAAGGGCUGGGCCGGGUUUGCGUGA